AUGAGACUUGAUUUGUCAUCAAACGACGUGAAAGCGGCUGAUCGGAUUACAUGGGUUGGUGUAUGGCUUAAUGUCGUACUUGGUGGAUUAAAAGGAGCAGCAGGAGUCGCGUUUAAUUCAUCUGGACUUUUGGCAGAUGCUGUACACUCGAUCAGUGACUUGGUGAGUGAUUUUGUCACGAUUGGAUCACUGAAAUACUGUGCACGACCACCGGAUGCACUGCAGCCUUAUGGAUACGGUAAAUUUGAAACCAUUGGUGCCUUAUCAGUGUCAUUGCUAUUGGUAGGAGGAUCCUUUGGGAUUAUCGCACACUCUUUAGACUCGCUCAUGGUAUUGAUUGAGCCUUUCUCGACGUCUAUGGGAAAUACGACACCAUUAGCGGAACAGAUUGAGACAGAAAGUGUAAAGAAUAUGGUCAAGUCAGUCCACAAUCAUGCACAUGAGAUAGUUAUGCACCCGGCUGCAUUAGGUAUUGCUGCAUUGUCUGUGGUGGCUAAGGAAGCUCUCUUUCGCACGACUAUCAGCAUCGGUCAACGUCUACACUCAUCUGUGCUUAUUGCAAAUGCGUGGCACCACCGUAGUGAUGCUGUCACGAGUAUGGUGGCAAUGAGUGGUAUUGGAUUGAGUCUAGCGGGUUUUCCGUUCUUUGAUCCAUUAGCUGGUAUUGCUCUGGGUGGAAUUAUUCUCAAAAUGGGCGCAGAAAUGGGCUGGAACUCGACGAAAGAGUUGUGUGAUGCCAAGUUAUCUGAUACUAUCAUCAAAAGGCUUGAGAGUGCUGUUGACGGUGUGAUUGCAAGCAGUGAUGGCAAAGUUUUGGGUGUUCGUCAACUACGGAGUCGUAAGGUCGGUCGCCAUAUCCAUGUUGAUCUGACACUAGUAGUUGACAAUGCUUCUGCUCUGGACCGUGCUGUCGAAUGGAAACAGAAGGUCAAGAGCGCCAUUACGCACAAUAUUCCACGAGUGAAUGACAUUGUUGUGGAAAUUACGACACCAGAACAAUUGGUAUCAGCAGUGGUGACUGAAGGUUCAGUAAAGCAUGACCACGUGCCUCAUGGUCGUGUGUAG